AUGUCGGCACGAAACGUUGCAGGUAGGAAGGACGUUAAUGGUGGUACUAUAACAUAUGGGGCUGUCGAUACGACUCAUUGUGGACCUAUAAUCGCUUAUGAACCGUUGACCACACCAACUCACUGGCAGUUUCAGCUUGCUGCCGUGUCCUCGGGAAAAUAUUAUUCGAAAGUGAAGUGCAAGGCAAGAUCGAACACAGCUAGCUCUUUCAUUGGAGUACCAGCACACGAGUUGGAUGCGAUCGCUAGCGAGCACAAGGCAAAGUGGUACACUCAUCUCCAACACUACGUGGUCGAAUGUUCUUUGAAGCCAACACUUGAGCUGACAAUUGGCCAACAGAACUACACUAUCCACUCGCAAAACCUCGUGAUACCAAUCUCUGAUGGACGUUGUAUUUUAGCGCUAGAGUCUUCACCCAAACAGAAGUAUGGCAAC